UUUAAUUGGAUACAACAGCAUCAAAAGAGUCGGCAAAGGCAUGAAAUCUAUUUCAACGUGGCUUCUAAUAGGCCUUCUACUCGUGUUGGCCAUAACCAGCCAGGCCAAGCCAAAGAAGACAAAGAAUAAGCAGAAACAAAUUGAUGGAGAACUUGUCAAGGCGGAGUCCUGUAAGGCAGCCAAUUGUAAAUUGCCUGAUUGUCGCUGCUCAGGUGUAACAUUGCCGCGCUCCAAGUUUGCGGGCCAAGAGAAAGAGAUUCCUCAGUUCGUUACAAUCACCUUUGAUGAUGCUGUAAAUGUUGUCAACUAUGCCCAAUACGAGUUGCUCUUCAAUGAUCUUACCAAUCCCGAUGGUUGCCCAGCCUCUGGAACAUUCUUCUUGUCCCAUGAAUACACGGAUUACACUCGCGUUAAUGCUUUAUAUAAUGCUGGCCAUGAGAUUGCCCUGCAUUCGGUCAGUCAUGGAGAUGGCACUGACUAUUGGCGUAAAGCGGAUGUGGCCACCAUUGAGAAGGAGUUUGGUAAUCAAUUGGAUAUUCUAGAGACAUUUGCCAAGGUGGAUCGAAAGAGUGUACGUGGAAUGCGUUUGCCUUUCUUGCAAAUUUCGGGCAAUAACACCUUUGAGGCGGCCCGUCGAUUGGGUCUGACAUACGAUAGUUCAUGGCCAACGCAACAGUUUAAGGAUCCGGCAAUGUGGCCAUAUACUUUGGAUUAUUUGUCAGAACAAGAUUGUCAGAUUGGCCCCUGUCCAGAUGCUUCGAUUCCUGGCUUCUGGGUUAAUCCAAUGGUCACAUGGACCGAUUUGGAGGGCUAUAGCUGUUCUAUGAUUGAUGCCUGUGUCUAUCCACCAGAGGAUAAUAUUGAUGAUUUAGUCGAUUGGAUGAUGGAGAACUUUAAUCGCCACUAUGAAGGUAAUCGUGCACCUUUUGGCAUGUAUUUGCAUGCAGCUUGGUUUGCCAGAGGACGAAAUUAUUUUGCUGCCUUUAGAAAAUUUAUACAUAAAUUGACUACAUAUCCGGAUGUCUAUUUAACCAGCAUUUCGCGCAUGUUGGAGUAUGUGAAGAAGCCGGUGUUGGGUAAACCAUUCAAAAAAUGUCCAAUUUUACCCACAACCGAGUGCCAGGCUAGGCAGUGCAAUGUACGUAAAGUGUCCACCGGAGAGGAGCGUUACAUGAGCGUCUGCGACAAGUGUCCAACUGUCUACCCUUGGCUGGAUAAUCCUUUGGGUCAGUGAAUAUGUAUCAGCUGCAGGCCCCUCCACUAACUCCCUGCUUCUUCUAAUAAACAGUGCAUGUAAUAAUGAAA